AUUACCAUUCUAGGCUGUCUAAAAUGGAAUAUUAUGUUUUAAAACAUAGUAACACAACACAGUUGCUUAAUUUUUAAUGGAUAAUAAGUAUUGUUCAUCUUCAUUCACCUAAUAUAACCGGAAUUGUAUAUUUUACUUUUGCAUCCAAUCAUUACGUCACAUAACAAAACACCUACAGUAUGCGAUGCAGCGAUGGAGACGUGUACAGUAGUUCAUAAAUGCUGUAAAUAAUUUGCCAAGUACAAUUUAUGGGACCAUAGCAUUUGUUUGUUUAUUUUUACAUUUUUAGUUCGUUUUAUUUUAAAACAUUGAAAUAUGUCUGUAGAAACGGACAUUAAUGUGUUCACAUUGAAUUGUUGGGGUAUCCCAGGAAUAUCCAAAAACAGGAAGACAAGAAUGAAUGCAAUAGCUAAAGAGCUGUCUUUGGGAAAAUAUGACAUUGUAUGCCUGCAAGAAGUGUGGUCUGAUAAUGAUUACAUUCAUAUCAAGAAAUUAGCACAUAGAGUAUUACCUUAUUCCCAUUAUUUUUACAGUGGUGUGUUUGGUUCUGGAGUGUGUAUAUUUUCACGAUACGUAAUUGAAAACGUGUUUUUCCACCAGUGGCCAGUGAAUGGCUAUAUUCAUAAGUUUCAUCAUGGUGACUGGUUUGGUGGCAAGGGAAUUGGUCUGUGUAGAGUUAUAUGCAAAGGCAUCAGUAUAAAUAUAUAUUCAGCCCAUUUACAUGCUGAAUAUAAUCACAGGAAUGAUGAAUACAUGGCACACAGAGUUUUGCAAGCAUUUGACAUGUCACAGUUCAUCUAUAUUACAUCAGCUAAUGCUGACAUAGUAAUCUUGGGUGGAGAUCUCAACACUGAACCAGGGGAUUUAUCAUACAAGAUAAUCUGUCACAAUGCUCAAUUACAAGACAGCUUCUUUCAAGCACAGCAAGUGUCAGCUAAUUGUGUAGGAACCAAUGAAUCGGUUCGAAAUAGCUAUACCUACAAGAGAUUGUGCGUGGAGAAGCCUGCAGGCAGUCGGAUAGAUUAUGUCAUGUAUAAGUCUAGGCCGGGCAUUGUGGUGCAGUGUCUGCAAUAUCAGUUUCCCCUGCCUGAGCAAGUUCCCGAACAAAAUUUCAGCUAUUCAGACCAUGAAGCAUUGCAGGUGUCCUUGAGGAUAGUCAAAACAUCCAAUGUGUUCGAAGAUGCAACAGUAAAUAAAACGGAAUACGUCGAAGCUCUGAAGGAGUGUGGUGCUGUGUGUGAUGCAGCACUAACAAGGCUGAACCAAGAUAAACGGUCCUAUUGGAUAUACUCUGCUGCUCUGUUCCUCACACUGUUGUGUACAACUGGUUCAGAAGCCCCUUUCAGCUGUUUCAAGACAUACGACAUAAUACGUAUUAUCGUUACCGUUCUGCUCUGCUUUACUAUAUUCAUGGCCUCUAUAUGGAAUCGUAUGGAAGUAAAUGCAAUUCUUGCAGGAAAAUUGGGAAUAGAGGUUGUUCAUUCAAAUUUGGUAGAUGGUAAUUUGAGUAAGAGAGAGAAUAGCUACUCAUGAUAUGUAUAACUUGACCAUCUGUUUUAAUUUGUUAAUUGUGUAAAUGACUUACUCUUUCUUGACAUUCCAAAGGUCAUGAUUCAUGAAUAAGUAUCCUCUUCAUAAGGCAUUUUCACCUUAAUGUCUAUGUCUGUAAACCACUAACUAUGUAUUGUCAAAAUCUAGAUUGAAAUGGAAUUCCAAAUUUUGUUCUGCUCACUUGCAGGUAAGCAUUCAUAACAAAAAAGUAUUUUUCCUACCUAAAACAGUACUUACAUGACUGGCAGCUGGGAGGGCGAAAGGAGGAGACCCAGCACGAGACCUGGAUACAUAGUUUUGCCACACUGAAACUUCUUUGCCCUUCCAUCUGUAGCAUUACAUGAUGUAGACAUUAUGGUCACUCCAUGAAUGCAGUGAUGCAACUCAAGAGCUUGACAGCCAAAUCUGCAUGUGAAUGAGAAAUGUGCCAUUUUGCAUACUUGGUUUCCUUUGUGGUAUUACAGGACAUCAUAAAACAAGUAAUUACAUGUAUUAAUAGUAACCUGGAAAUUUGAACACAAAAUGUGUGCUUCUAAAAAUUGGUUGUUGAAAUGACAAAUUCAGGACUCUUAUUACAAAUACCUUUCAGGCAAAGCCUGUGAAUACAUGUAUUAUGAUGUUGCAAAAUUGACUUGCAUGCUUGCACAGUAUCUUACUUAUUCUUUCCUGGUAAUCUGUAUGGAAAUUAUGGAAACAAGUUCAGACAGAUGUAAGCAUUGAAAUACACAAUUAGAACUGACACUGAAUGACAUGGGGACUAGUUAGUUAGGGCUGUAAUUGACUCCAAAGAGUUUGAUGAUGGUGUAUGGUAGUGAGCACGACUAAUAUUUUGGACUUGUCCAUCAUUUGAAGUUCUUCAAAAAGAAGUUUUGAAAACCAGAUCUGUUAACAUCACUAGGUGAAAAUGUGGAGAAAGAGGAUUCCUAAUUUCAGUCCCUGGGUCCAGUUUUCAAAAUGAUUUAGGACUUGAGGUUUUCACAGUGGUUAAUUCGAAGAUGGCUGUCUUUUGGGUUGUAGCACUAUGCAGUCUGGUAGAAGCCUCCCGAUGUUUCAGAGGUCCUUGUCGUCUCCAUCGCUCCUUGUCCUAAUGAGAGGCAGUAAGGACCUCUCAAAAGUUGGUAAACUCCUACCAGACUACAUAGCACUACAACCCAGAAAACAGCCAUCAUCAUCAUGUUGUAUCUGUAAAAUCUUAAGACAAUGGACAGUGUCCAGAAUAAUAAUAAUUUUGAUUAUCUUUAUUGUUAGUUGGAAAGUACAUCUUUAAGUAACUGUUAUAUACUACAGACAUAUUACACAAGCGACUUACCACGUUAUAAGAAGUUACUGCAUUUUAUCAAAAAUUAAAAUAAUAAACACAUUUGAAAGUCCCCAGAAAAGAGUGAAUUAAAGAGACACUCAUAUGUCACCAUUUGUGAUUUUGAGAGAUGGUAAUGGACCUCAUGAAGACAAUAAUUUUAAAAUAGAAUUUGAGCACUCCAGAAAAAUAGAAAUAUCCUACAUUGUACACUUAGUAUGUGUUAAAUAUUGACUAUUUGGUAUGGUUAUAGAUUCUUGUUGCAGUCUCAUAUUGCAGUUGACUCUCCCAUAAUACAGUAAACACAAUCAGAAAAUCUGCACUGUAUUGGCCAACAGUUAAGCUGUCUAUCCAGUCCAUGAAAUAUAACUCAUUGCCAUUAGUUUUGGUAUUAGAAAAUAAAUAAUAUUUCUAGAGACUGUGUUACAAGAGAGUCAAUUGCACUGUGGCUGUAAAAUGGAAAAGUAUGAAUAAGAUUAAGUGUACCUCUGAGAUAUACUAUCAGAACUCCAUUUACAAAAUGGAAGUGACUCCACAGGUAUACAGAGGAGUUCAGUGGUAAAUGUUGAAAAAUGGUGUUAAAAAUAUUAGCAAAAAAGUACUUUCUUUUAUAUUACUGUUUUAAAGAAAUUAGUUAUGAACUGUUUUAGAAGUCAUUUGAAGGCUAGUGCUUUUGUAAAGUUACAAAUAUCAUUGCAAAACCUUAUAAACUGCUCAUAUUUAAAAAUAUUCGCAAUUCUCAUAAAUAUAUAUUACAGAAACACUAAAUUGCUCAUAUAAAUGUUGUUGGCUGAUACAAGGCACAUAACUACCUGAUUAGCUCAAAUCUUUUUGCAUAUGAAUGCUCUACACAUGCAUAUGUACUACUGAAUAUGGUUAUACAUGUUGUACAAGAUUCAAUCUGAAAUAUAACUGACCUUGAAUUAUCUGGCUUUGAACUAUCAGUAAUUCCACUGACAUCAGUGUGAAGCAUAAGCUUCACAUAAUGGGGUUAUACCACUACUGCCAAAUAAGAAUACAUUAAGUUUUUACAGAUUCAAGAUAAAACUGAAACAAACAUUAGAGAAAAUGAUGAGGUCAGUUACUUAAAAUUAUGUCUUGGAGAAAAUGGUAGUCACAUAUGACAAAUCUGAACCAAAACUGUGAGCAUGCGAGGUUUAUACAGAUGAUUAAGGGAACAGUUUAUAACACCCAAAUCAAAUCAGUUAUACACAAUAUCGAUACUUCCAUGUGCCCAAAUAAAGAUAUGACACAUUUCUUUCCAUUUAUGGUUUGUUAUUCCUCCAAUGUGCACGAUAAUCAAGUAUUAGCUGUGUGUCUAGAUAAGGUAUGGUUCAUAUAUGUAUAUCUAAUAAAAAGUUAUUUCUUUGUGUAUGAUGUGCCAAAAAUUGCUCUUAUCCUCUUGCUCAUUUGUAAGAAAUUUGGUAUUAGAGAAAGACAAAACUGAAGAACCAUCAGCAAAUAUGGAGCCACUGGACUGUGUUUAAUAUAAUUUCCAGCACCAUGCACUGCUGCUGAAUAAUAUUUGUCACUGAACUGUAUGAAAUUAGAAUACAAAUAAAGACCAUAAACAAAGGUA